UCGCCACCAUGGCCACAACCACACCACAAAACACGUACAAAGGCUCAUGUCUCUGCGGCUCUAUCUCCAUCGUUCUUACCCUCGAUAAAGACCUCUACUCCGAACCUAAUGGCCAUCUCUGCCAUUGCCUCAACUGCCGCAAAUUCUCCGGGGGUCCUGCCGCCAUGUGUUUCAUAACACCUACAAAGACCGUACAACUUACCGACUCGAAAAAGACACUCAAGGUCUACCAGGAUAGCAAUACGGGCAGUGGAAGGACCGUGCCUAGGAGCUUCUGUUCUGCAUGCGGGAGUCCUGUCGGAUGCGUGCCAACUUUGAUGGAUGAGAGAGUGAGCAUCGUCACUCUCGGUUUGUUUGACAAGGUGCCCGCUCCUUGUUUUGAGUGCUAUACAAGCCAACGACUGCCUUGGAGCCCGCCUGCUGCUGAUGCUGAGAGGCAGUAUCAAUUCAUCGACGAGGUCAUCAAUCAUGUUCCAUCAUUAGAAUAAUGAGGCCUGUGUUGACAUUCUGUAUCGAACCCAAGAUUUCAAGUGGAAUCUUUCAUCGCUGCUUUGGUCGCCUAUACUUGAUAGGAAGAGGCUGAAGUGCAUUGUCAUUCUGUAAUUCACCAAGCAUCGAAAUUGCCAAAUCCG